CGGUUUGUUUGUAGAAUGUGUGAGAAAGUACUGGAUUUCAACUCAUCUAAUACUAUAAAAACAGAGUCGGACUCGGGUGCUUGCUCAGACCAAAACAGACAUACAAUCAAGUAAUAUAUUCUGAACAAUCUUUCUCACCUUUCUAAGUUUUCUAAAUUUCUGUACACAAAAGAAAAAUGGCGAUGAUUCCAAGCUUGUUCGGUGGUCGGAGGAGCAACAUUUUCGACCCAUUCUCUAUGGACGUGUGGGAUCCUUUCAAGGACUUCCCUCUCUCUGUCCCGGAUAUCUCGAAGGAAACUUCUGCCAUGGUUAACGCUCGAGUUGAUUGGAAAGAAACUCCGGAGGCUCACGUGUUCAAGGCCGAUGUACCAGGGCUUAAGAAGGAGGAGGUGAAGGUGGAGGUCGAGGAGGGACGAGUGCUGCAGAUCAGCGGAGAGAGGAAUGUGGAGAAGGAAGACAAGAAUGACACGUGGCACAGGGUGGAACGCAGCAGCGGGAAGUUCUUCAGGCGGUUCCGGCUGCCGGAGAAUGCGAAGGUGGAUCAGGUGAAGGCUGCAAUGGAGAAUGGAGUGCUGACUGUCACUGUUCCCAAGGAGGAAGUCAAGAAGCCUGAUGUCAAAGCUAUUGAGAUCUCUGGUUGAUAUUGUGAUUAAGAGAAAAUUAUGGCUUUGGAGAAAUGUGUCGUGUGUGUUUGAUUUUAUGUUUUGAAAAUAUUGUAUUAUGAAAUAGUGACUAAAUUUGUAAUUGAUCCACCUUUUGUCUUACCUUUAUAGUUUCUGACUUGUUUUAUGAUCACUUCUAAUUUGAAGUU